AAACAUGAUUGAUCUCUUGUGGCGAAAAAGCUUUACAUUUACAAUGCACGAAACUUCUGUAGCGGCGUAGCGCUUUGUUAAUUCUAUUUUACAAUAAACCCGUUUCAUUUUCAUUCGAGAAGCGAGUUUCGUGUUUCCACUGACGCGAUCACUUCUGUAAUGGCUUUCUCAUUUCAAAAUAUCAACCCAUUACUGCCGAUGCUAAGGACGUCAAUUUCGCUCGAAGCAUCGAAAUCAAUACUUCACUUUUCAAAAUAAUUAGUUUUAAAUUAUUGAAGAAUCUAUCAUUGGAUAUCUAGAUAUGGUGGAACCACAAACAGACCAGACAGAGUCACUGAUGCCUGAAGAACAGGAAGUUCAUACUGUGGACCAAUCAGAAGAGAAACAAGCUGUCAUCGAAGUAGCUCGUCUAGUCACGGAAACUGAGAUUGAUCAUGGUAAUGCCAAUGAUUGUUCGACAGAAGGAUUGGACCCUCCUGCUGAAACACUGGACCAUGGUUCUGCAACAGAUGAGGUCAAUGAAAAUGACCCAAGCCGGGUAACAGCAGGGUCUGACCUUGCCAUUAACAUAAUGUCACAGAUGGAAAUAUCUCGACUGAUUGCCAAUGUCUUUAAACGUAUGCAAGAGGAAGGUGCACAGACUGGUCUCAACUCGAAUAAUGUCUACCACAUGGAAAACCUUUUGAAACAGGUUGUUACUAACCAAAAUACCAUAACAAUCAAUCAGAAUUCAUUACUUCGAAAUCAGCAAGCAAUAUUGCAAAAGAUUGAUGUUCUUAACAACUUGCUGAUGGCUGGCAUCAGUGACAAUGAUGGUCGACUGUCGGACAAGCUGACCUCAACUGUAAAAUCUAACAUUGGUGGACGUAGCACUGUAUCACCUCGUAGCAGUAAACGGUCAUUUGGUAUGGAUGGUACUCUUGCACUGGUGCAAGCAGCAGAACACGUUGGAAUGCUAUCUGGAUCACCAAUAUCUGUGUCCCAAGCAGCAUUGAAUGGAGUCACCACAACUGCCGUCAUUGCCCAUGAUGCGGUGGAUGGUGAGCAUCGUACCUCAGGAGAUGAUGAGCAACCAGGGUUUGGGUCCACCUCCCAAACAGCUCAUGAUCUAUCAACUAUUUCACCCCAGGCCAUUUAUCUAACUGGAAAUCUUUGCCCAGAGCAGUUAAUACAUCAUCAAACGAGACCUGGUGAAAUAAGUGAAGUCACUCUGGUUCGUCUCAAGGCCCGCAGUCAGUCUGUAGGAAAUUUUGCUGUGCAUCUUGUCCGAGAGAUGUUUAAACCACAUGAACUGGUUUCAAAGAAUGUUUCAGGUACCAGGAACAAGGAGAAGUUAGAUCCAGAACGAGUUGCCAAAAUAAGAAAAUAUGUUUUCGAAUUGUUCCCAACAACAGAAAUAAUGGAAGAGAAAGUGUGGAGUGACUGUCGCAAAGCCAUUGAUGAGUUUUACGUCGUCCCAACAAGCGAAAGAAUCAAGAUCGACUUUCCUCUGACGAGCUAGAACAAUUCGGUUUGAAAAAAGACAAACUGAACGAUACUCCGGUUUUAGGCACACCAUGAGUGUGCCGUGAUAAUGAAACUUCUUUUGUAGAAAAGUCAUAGAUAGCAAUUUAUCGAUAUUAGAACAACGACAAACUUUGACUUAAA